ACAAACUCAUAACACUCUAAAUUCUCAAAAACUACACAUACCCUUACACUCCACUGACACAGUAUCGUAACUACACCACCUACACCUACAGACAACACUUCCCCGAGAUGGCGACUUCCACGACACCUGACCACGAUGUCCGUCUGUGCCACGAGGCCUCCGAGAACCGUCGCCAGCUCCUGUGCCGACUCAAGUGUCUCGCUGAGCGACUAGACGAUUGUGACAGAGCCGCCCUAAAGGCCGCAGGCUGUGGUGAUAUCUUCGGAUCCAAGGGCUCCAGAUUUGUGACUCCUGAUCCUGCCCAAAGGCCCCUAAUAACGCACCCGGAAUACCCAGAGAGGCCAAAGUAUAACCUUAACCCUCCACAGAAAAUCCCACCAUGGGAGCCAAACAGCCCCAAAAGCCAAGUUAUCGGCGGCUAUGUGAAGAACAACUGUGAUUGUGUGCGCAGGAACGGAAUGCAGGACAAGUGCGAACUACUGCAGUGUCAGGGGAGACCCCUGUGCCUCACCACCCCCGUGCCACUGUGCCCCCCCAGUGGGGGUGCUGGGUUGUUAGUUACCCCAGCUGAGGCUGCCGUCAUAGUGGACAGCAUAGACAACCGCCGCUGCUGCCGCCUCUCCUGCUGCUCCGGCCUUCUUGAGAACUGUUGACUUACUUACAUACAAUACACGUUACUUUGACCGAUUA